CACAGGUCGAAGCUUAUUAUCUGUGGCUCGAUACCAGCCAUGGGCUUUCCAGGGAACAGGGGCCCCAGCAACUGAAUGAGAGAGAGAGAGACAGAGAGAGAGAAAGGGGAAAACUUGCCUCAGCUAGAAUACUGGGACAGUUUCUUUUGGCUCUGUAAUGCAGAUGGAAGGACUAGUCAACUGGCCAUUGGGACUGACUCUCCUCUGGAUGUUUUGACUUCACCACUUCUGGCUGUUAGCUCUGCCAUCCACUUGGCCAAAGGAGAGACACCAUCACAUCUCUCAGCUGAAUGAUCUGAAUUCCAUCCACUGAAGAACAUCUCAAUAGACGAGAGUGAACAGUUGUUCCGUUGUUGUAGCGGAGUACUGGACUUUGUGAGUAAACCUCAGAGGAUAGUAGUUGGACCGUGGUCCUGCCAUGGGGAAGACGGGGCAGAGCACAGUGGACCUCAACUCGCCCUCAGAGGUCAAGCAGGCCGUGCCGUUUGAGGAGCUGAACCACAACAUGACUCUUCCUGCUGAAGAGAAGAAACCGGACCUUCCUGAUCGGGGAACCUGGAAGGGCAAGUUUGACUUCCUUCUGUCCUGCAUCGGAUAUGCCAUUGGCCUGGGGAACGUCUGGAGGUUCCCCUACCUGUGUGGCAAGAAUGGAGGCGGAGCAUUUCUGAUCCCGUACUUCACUACGCUGAUUUUUGCUGGGAUUCCUCUCUUUCUGCUGGAGACGGCGCUCGGACAGUACACUUCAGUGGGUGGAUUAGGUGUGUGGAAACUUAUCCCCAUGAUGAAAGGUGUAGGUCUGGCUGCUGCAGUUUUGUCCUUCUGGCUCAACAUUUAUUACAUCAUCAUUAUCGCCUGGGCUCUCUACUACCUGUUCAGCUCCUUCAGAUCAGAGCUGCCUUGGCAGAGCUGUGAUAACCCCUGGAACACUGAGAACUGUUUUUCUAACUACAGCCUGCCAGACACCACCAACCUGACCAGCGCGGUCACUGAGUUCUGGGAGAGAAACAUGCACCAACUGACCAAUGGCCUGGAGGAGCCGGGGGAAUUGCGCUGGCCACUGGCUGGAACUCUGGCCCUGGCCUGGGUCCUGGUCUACUUCUCCAUCUGGAAAGGGGUGGAGUGGACCGGAAAGGUGGUGUAUUUCUCUGCCACUUACCCUUACUUCAUGCUCUUCAUCCUGUUUUUCCGAGGGGUCACUCUCCCUGGCGCUAAAGAUGGUGUUCUCUUCUACAUCACCCCUGACUUCAAAAAGCUUCUGAGAUCAGAGGUGUGGCUGGAUGCUGCCACUCAAAUCUUCUUCUCUUAUGGUCUGGGUUUGGGCUCUCUGAUCGCUCUGGGCAGCUACAAUCCCUUCAAUAACAAUGUCUACAGAGAUGCUGUCAUCGUGUGCUGUAUAAAUUCCUUCACCAGCAUGUUUGCCGGCAUUGUCAUCUUCUCCAUUGUAGGAUUCAUGUCCUACAUCACCAAAAAACCUAUCCAGGAGCUCGCUGCUUCAGGUCCAGGUUUAGCAUUCCUGGCAUAUCCCCAGGCGGUCACUCAGCUGCCCAUGUCCUCCCUGUGGGCCAUCCUGUUUUUCUCCAUGCUUUUAAUGCUGGGACUGGACAGCCAGUUCUGUACUGUGGAAGGUUUCAUCACCGCUCUGAUAGACGAGUACCCCACUGUUCUGAGAAAGAGGAAGAAGGUUUUCAUCCUCAUUGUCUGCAUUAUAUCCUUCCUCAUUGGCUUGUCCAACAUCACACAGGGUGGCCUGUAUGUGUUUAAGCUGUUUGACUAUUACUCAGCCAGUGGGAUGUGCCUCCUCUUCCUGGUCUUCUUUGAGACGAUCUCCAUAGCCUGGUUUUAUGGAGCAGAUAAGUUCUACAAUAACAUAGCGGACAUGAUCGGCUACCGGCCGUGCAACUGGUGGAAACUCUGCUGGCUCUAUUUUACGCCACUAAUCUGUCUGGGGGUUUUCACCUUCAGUGCCAUAGAGAUGACCCCUCUGACUCUGGGGAAGUACGUGUACCCGGCCUGGGGGCAGGGCAUCGGCUGGCUCAUGGCCCUCUCCUCCAUGGUGCUCAUCCCAGGAUACGUCAUCUACAUGUUCUUCAGCACCAAGGGCAGCAUACGCCAGCGCUGGCACAAAAUGACCACGCCCACUGAGGAGAUCCAGGCAGAGAAGGACGUCACAGGGCAUCAAACAAACAUUGGCGAAGCUUCCGUCUGACAUCUUUUCCUGUCCCGAGUUCAGAGAAGGCCAUUUGGGAAACUAAAGAAAAGCAUCCUGGCUAACAGAACAGCACCAGCACUGCUUCCUUCUACACAUCUCUUUCACUGUGAGCUGGAGAGAGUCUACAAAAAGACUAAACUGAGCUGAAUACACACUCAUGCCUAUUUUCCAGUCACCUUCAAUUCAAAGCAUUUGCGUGACUCGCAGUGGGCAGACUGCCAGUGUUUAAUUUGAAUGUAUAAACCAAUUUCUCUGCGACAUGGACAUGCAAUUACAAAAUAUAUCCGUGCAGGAGAGGCAUUUUUCAAGCUUUGACCUUUUUUCGUGAGCGUGUAAUGGAUGGAGUGAUUCUGGGCAACAUCUUCAAAGACUCAAUGUCAUCUAAAUUAUACACAGCUUAGCACAUUUUGAAAGACUGCAUGACAUUUGGGCCAUACCCAAUACACAACCACAUAAAACAGCCACAUUACUGUGAUAGUAUGAAAGUAAUCAGUGGUGAACCUUUUAUUCAUCUAUCCAUGCCCCACCCACAAAUGUGGUUCUUUAUAGCAAAGUUAUUUUACUUACACCACAGUACAUAACAUCGAUAUAACCAGUGAGAGAUGUUUGACGUUGAUAAAACUGAAACAUUGGGGAUUAUCUUGAUACUUAUUUAAAUAAAUAUUUUAU